AUGUUCCAGGGCAGUUUCAAGCCUGAGACGUACUGGUCUCCGCAUUUCGAAAAGACUAGCAAUCUCGUCUUUGAUUUGCAUCAUUAUUAUUUUCAAUAUGAUAAUUCGACUUCGGAGAACUUGCCGACUUUUAUCUGCGCUGAUGCAAAGGCGAGUAAAGGCGAUGGCAAGUUUCCCACCUUUGUGGGCGAGUGGGCUAUUGAGGCUGGACUGGAGAAUGACUUGGCGUUGCGGGGGAAGAAUCUUAAGGCGGUUUACGCAUGGGAGCUCGUAUUGGAAUGCCAAGUUCAUCAGUAA